GAGUCUUCUUCUUCUGGCGAAAUCUCUCGACGAGCAGAUCGGAUCGAAUCUAUUCUCGAUAGUAAAGGAGGGAAAGGCUAUAUCUGCUGCCCACCGACUGCGUAUCUUCUCGCUUGCCUUCCCCGCUGCCAUCGCCGGCCCAGUUCUUGUGCCUCUCCUUCUCUCGGUCGACUCUCGUCGUCGUUCCCAACCAUCGCGGUCGCCGAAGGUUGGUCGGUGUCUUUUGACUGCCUGAGGGUGAAGGACCUACAAGAUAAACACCGUUGAUGUAGGGUUGAGGUUACCUUAGGCGGAGUCCCCUGUAAUGCCCAAAUCAGACAGUGAGGAGUGGAACUCGAAGCAACGACCAGCUUAACUAGAGUUGACUGGAGCAGAACAUCUUCACAAUUUGCAAUCUUGGCAUACAGAUACUGAACAACCAUCAUGUUUGCAGCACUCAUAGCAACAUCCUGACAUGAAGUGGUUGUGCAGCACUUACAACAAUAUCCUGAAUACAUAGCACACGAGCAGCACUAGCUUGUAGAGAGACAGAGGGAGAGAAUGGAGAGUGCUAACUUCGUGGUUGCUUUAAGCCUGGGUGGCCACAGGGUCCUCGGUGAACAGUUGUUAGGAAGAUGACUGGCUACCACACAUCAAGAGAGGAAACGAUCUGUAGCCAGUUCUAUCAUCUCUCAACUUUACUGAAGUUCCUUUGAGUUUGAAAGCUCCUAUGGCACAGCCAUCAAAUCAAAAGACAGUAUCGGUGUAUUUUUAUAUUCCCAAUAUUAUAGGAUAUAUAAGAGUCAUCAUGAAUUGUGUGGCAUUUGCUCUUUGUUAUUAUCAGAAGACUCUCUUUACCAUUCUCUACUUCGUUAGCUUUUGCUGUGAUGCAUUGGAUGGUUGGCUUGCUCGGAAGUUCAAUCAAGUGUCAACUUUUGGAGCUGUUUUGGAUAUGGUAACUGACAGGGUUAGCACUGCAUGUCUACUGGCUGUUCUCUCACAAUUGUAUAGGCCAGGCUUGAUUUUCCUGGCAUUGCUUGGGUUGGACAUUGCAAGUCAUUGGCUGCAAAUGUACAGUUCAUUCUUAUCUGGCAAAACUAGCCACAAGGAUGUAAAGGACUCAACUAAUUGGCUUUUCAAAUUAUACUAUGGGAACCGCAUGUUCAUGGCCUUCUGCUGUGUUGGAUCUGAGGUUCUUUACAUUAUCCUCUAUGUUCUUGCUGAUGAGAAAUAUGAAAGCUUGUUUGAGGUUUAUGCAUAUGCUUUGGGACAAAAGUCACUUCUUUCUUUACUGUUCCUUUUAGCUUCCAUUGGAUGUGCAAUUAAGCAAGUGGUGAACGUCAUCCAGAUGAAGUCUGCUGCAGAUGCUUGUGUGUAUCAUGAUAUGAAAAGAAGCACCUGAGGAUGAACUCCGAGUAACUGAUGUCAGUGGCUCCAUUUCUGCUCAAAGCAAACCUUGGCAAUCAACUUUUGACUUUUAUUUGACUUUGAAACUGUUUGGGCGUCUUAAAAAGUUAGGUCCACUUUAUUCAUAUUCAACUGAUUGGGACUUUAUCAAUAGUGUUUCAUGUCUUUGUUAUGAGAGAUUUUGGGGAGUCGUGGAACAAUCACCAUUUCAGUUUUGGCACUAAUCUAGAGCUUGAAUUUUCAGUGAUA